CCCGAGUAGGCUAUACCACCUCCCAUGCGCUCUCACACACCCCGCUGGCCGGCUCACGCAGAAUAGCACUGCAGGCCUCAGCCUCCCUGUGCGCUGUGCCUCCCCAAACCCCGGCACCAAAAAGGGCCUCCGCGACUGCGACCGAUGGCUGCCGCCGAGGCCAUUGCCAGGGGCGCGCUGUCCCGCUCCCGCGUGGUGGCGAGGGGACUCGUGCACGCGGCGCAGGUGGUUGGCCUGGCCGUGUUCCUCCGCGCCUUCGCCGAGUUCCCCUGGACUGCCGCCGCGGCCCCGCCCAUCCUCCGCGCCGCCGCUUCCUUCCUCGCCCCACCGCGCCUCUACUUCCUCGCCGCCAACGUCAUCGUGGUCGCCCUCGCCACGCUCUUCCGCCGCGACGCGGCCUCAUCCUCGCCGCCGGGCUCCAGCGGCGGCGACGCGCAGCACCCGUUCCUCGCGUUCCUUGGCCCGGCGCUGCCGCCGAUCACCGAGGCGGAGGAGCCCUCCGGGCAGGAGGCGCCGCCGGAGGUGGUGUUCGAGGACAAGGAGGCGGUGCACGUGAGGACGUUGCGCGCCCAGCCCCCGCGGCGGAGCAUGUCGGAGAAGACGGGCGGCGGCGGCGGCGGCGGCGCAGCGGGCAGUGCGGCGUCGCCGGAGCUGCGGCGAGCCAAGUCGGAGAACGGCAGGCGGCGGCAACGGCGGUCGUCGUCGUCGGCGGCGGCGGCGGCGGUGGCGGAGCUGGGGGUGGACGACGGAGAGGCGUUCCGGCUGGCGGUCGAGGCGUUCAUCGCGAAGCAGCAGACCUGGUUCCACCGCGAGGAGUCCCUGGUCGCCCGUGCCGACGCCGGUGGGGAAGACGGCCCGGCGAUCGCCGGCGCCGCGGUGGCGGUGCAGUGAGCGAGUGAUCGAGCAAAACGCAACCAGUGAACCAACCCUGCUUGCUGCUGUGCUGCAAUAACAGUGUGAUUACUGAUUGGUGCGCGCGAAAGGAUCGGGAGAAGAGAACAGGGGGCCAACAGCCAACUCGGCGAACCAAACCAAGGCUGCUUCUUGCUGCUUUUGUUAAUGGAAAAAAAAGGUUUUGCGUUUUGGCCGCCGCUCGUCUUUCCUCCUCCACCGUACGUCCGUAUCUGAAGUUUCCGAGGGCAUUCUUCAUUUCAACUUGUGUCGGCUCUUCUCGUCUGAACGCCGAGAGCGGCGACGGCAGGAUGUAUAUGAAGUCUCCGACUCCGUGUGCAUUUUCCUUCGGUGUAGUGUAUCAGAGCACCUCCAACAGCUUGUCUCCCAAUACUAUUAACUAUGGAUCAUCU